AUGGGAGAAGUUAUGUCAAACAAGGAAAGCUCUUUGGCACACGUUUCCUCUUGCAUGAAACAUCAUGAUGGCCUUACUCUCUUGUCCAAGAAUGCUGCUGGAAAUGAUUCUUUUAUUUCCAUCAAGGAGUCUUGCUUUGAAGGUUCCUCCCUUAAUCUCUCCUCAACAAAGCUUCCUGAACAGACUUUUCCAGCAUCCUCUUCCUCAGCUCCGGUUACUGAAGUUAAACGCUCUUGGAAUAAUUUAUUCAAGGAGAAACAAGUAUCAAACCUGAAGCUUGAGUACUUUCCUCCUUCAGAAAUCCUUGCUGGAGGAAAGUACUCUAUUUCCCCUCCUCUUGAAGUUGCGGAUGAAGGUGCAAAGAGAUGGGAGAAGUGUGCCAUUGGUUUUUUCAUGGGAAGAAGAAUGUCUUUUCUCCUUGUCAAAAGGUAUGCAAUCCGUCAUUGGUCCAACUAUGGGCUUACUGAUUUUAUAUCCACUGGAAUGGGAGUCUAUCUUCUGAAAUUCAAGGAUGAAGAAGGAAUGAUGAAAGUCUUAGAAGAGGAGACAUGGAUGAUAGGUGGGCAGCCCCUCUUUGUUAGGAAAUGGAAAAAGAAUCUCUCAAUGGUAGCGGAAAACAUAAAGAAAAUAGCAAUGUGGGUAAAAUUCUAUGGAGUACCUCUGGAAUAUUGGAGCUUGAAGGGGUUUAGCCAUAUUGCUAGUGUCUUAGGUCGCCCCCUCUAUGUGGAUUCUGUUACAGAGGAAGGGAGUCGUUUGGAGUUUGCCCGUAUUUGUGUGGAGAUUAACGUAAACCAUGAUUUCCCGGAGAAAUUGGAGCUUGUACUGCCAUCAAAAGAAAGAGUUGAUAUUCGGCUGGAAUAUGCAUGGAAACCUUUAAAAUGCAAACUGUGUAAUAUGUUUGGUCAUGGAAAUGAAGAGUGUAAAAGGAGAGUGGAAAGAGGAGAAGCGGAAAAAGGAAAGUAUGGCUUGUAUAAAGGAAAAAAGGUGAGUAGUAAGGAGGAUGCCUCGGAUGCAAAUGUAGGCAUGGCAACUUCUGAAAUUCAAAAUACGGCUGGAAAUAACAAUGGAAAUGGUAGACUAAACUUAAUGAUCCCUAGGAGGAAGCUAGAGGAGGGGAAGAAAAAAGUUGACAAUAGUAUGGCGAAGAUGAAUAAUAACAAAUUUGUAGCCUUAGCCACAAUUGAAAACAUUGAAAUGACAGCAGCUCAAGAUGUAGGGGAGACUGCCGUGUUAGAUGAGUCACAUGAGGAAUUAGGCCCUUCAAAUAGAUUGGAACCUACGAAUGGUGCAUCUUCCAGUUCCGUGAUAUCUAGAGUGGCUGAUCUAUCAAGUGUGGAGCAGAUGGAGGAAAUUCUUACAAAAGAUGGAAAUUCGGAUCAAGAGCUUUGUGAAUCUCCAGCAAUUAACCACUUUGGAGGCAAAAUUAAGGUUGAUGAGGUGGAUUUCAAAAGGGAGAAGGGUGAUACUCUUAGCAAAUUGCAACGGAGGAGAUUGGCCACUAUUAAUCUCAAUGUUAUUGUGAAUGAUGGUCAAUAUAUACAUUGUGAGGUGAAGCUUGUUAAGGAGAAUUCUAGCAUUGGCUUGACAAUAGUCUAUGGCAGCAAUAAUCCUAUGGAGAGGAAGGUUCUUUGGCGAAAUCUCAUAAAUCAAUCCCAUAUGAUGCAAAAUACACCUUGGAUCAUAAUGGGAGAUUUCAACACUAUCAAGAACCCUCUAGAAAAGAUUGGUGGGGCACCUUGGGGUAAUUACUACUGUGAAGACCUUAAAAAUUGCAUGAGGGAAGCUGAAUUGGAUGACCUAAGGUUCAUGGGCCAUCUCCUAACUUGGAGUAACCGUAGUGAAGGAGGAAGAAGGAUUGCAUGUAAACUUGAUAGGGCUCUUAUCAAUGAUUCUUGGAAGGAUGUAUUCCCAAAUGCCAUGGCUCAUUUCCUCAACCCCUCCAUUUCCGAUCAUUCUCCAUGUUUGGGCGGAUGUGCAUUCCAUAUCUCUGAUAAAAGGGGUAUUAGAGUGCUUUCACUCUUGGUCCGGACUUAG